GAGCCCUCUACAGGGAUGUCAUGCAGGAGAACUACGAGACAGUGACCUCGCUGGGAUUUCCCAUUCCCAAACCUGAGCUCAUCGCCCAGCUAGAACGCGGGGAAGAGCCUUGGUUGCCUGAUCUCUGGCCCUGCAAGGAAAGAAGGCUUCCGAAAUGCACCCAUACAGGUGCUCAGCGAGGGAGUGAGAAUGAGGAGGGGAAUCAUCAUGAGGAAGGUCCCAGGGAAGUGGAACCGGAGGGGACCUUUGUGGGAAGGGCUGAAGGGAAUUUUUCCCAGUGCUUCGAACCCGAAGAAGCCUGUGGAAAUUGGCACAGGUCAGAGAGGCUUCUGGGAAACCACCCAGGGAAGAACGUGGAUGAAUCUAUUAACAGUGGGGGAGGAGAGGUGGAUGCCAAGGAAGAAACACCCGGGCACUACCUUCAGUGUUUGAAAGGGUUCAUUGUGAGAUCACAGCUUGUGACACAUCAGACAAUCCUUACUGGAGAGAAACCCUUUCAGUGCUUGGACCGUGGGGAAAGCUUCAAUAAGCUCUCAGAUCUUAAUAACCACGGGAGAGGCCACACUGGAGAAAAACCCUCUCAAUCCCUCGAGUGCAGGAAAUGUUGCAUUUCGAAGACACAAAUAAUUAGACAUCAGUCAAGCCACAGUGGGGAGAGACCCCACAAGUGCUUGGACUGUGGGAAAAGUUUCAUAGAGAGGUCAAACCUUUUUAAACAUCAGGCAAUCCACACAGGAGAGAGACCCCACAAGUGCUUGGAGUGUGGGAAAAGUUUCAAAGAGAGAGCAAACCUUAUUAAACAUCAGGCAAUCCACACAGGAAAGAAACCCCACAAAUGCUUGGAGUGUGGCAAAAGUUUCCUACGAAGGUCAGACCUUGUUCAACAUCAGGCAAUACACACAGGAGAGAGACCCCACAAGUGCUUGGAUUGUGGGAAAAGUUUCAUACGAAGGUCAAACCUAGUUUCUCAUCAGGCAUUACACACAGGAGAGAGACCCCACAAGUGCUUGGACUGUGGGAAAAGUUUCAUAAGAAGGUCACACCUAGUUCGUCAUCAGGCAUUACACACAGGAGAGAGACCCUACAAGUGCUUGGACUGUGGGAAAAGUUUCUUACAAAGGUCCAACCUUGUUAAACAUCAGGCAAUCCACACAAGAGAGAGACCCCACAAGUGCUCGGACUGUGGGAAAAGUUUCUUACAAAGAUCACACCUUGUUAAACAUCAGGCAAUCCACACAGGAGAGAGACCCCACAAGUGCUUGGACUGUGGGAAAAGAUUCUUGCAAAGGUCCUACCUCGUUAAGCAUCAGGCAAUGCACACAGGAGAGAGACCCCACAAGUGCUUGGACUGUGGGAAAAGUUUCAUAAGAAGGUCACACCUAGUUCGUCAUCAGGCAUUACAUACAGGAGAGAGACCCCACAAGUGCUUGGACUGUGGGAAAAGUUUCUUAGAAAGGUCCAACCUUGUUAAACAUCAGGCAAUCCACACAAGAGAGAGACCCCACAAGUGCUCGGACUGUGGGAAAAGAUUCUUGCAAAGGUCCAACCUUGUUAAGCAUCAGGCAAUGCACACAGGAGAGAGACCCCACAAGUGCUUGGACUGUGGGAAAAGAUUCUUGCAAAGGUCCAACCUUGUUAAGCAUCAGGCAAUGCACACAGGAGAGAGACCCCACAAGUGCUUGGACUGUGGGAAAAAUUUCUUAAAAAGGUCAAGCUUUGUUUAUCAUCAGGCAAUCCACACAGGAGAGAGACCCCACAAGUGCUUGGAGUGUGGGAAAAGUUUCAUACGAAGGUCACACCUUGUUAAACAUCAGGCAAUCCACACAGGAGAGAGACCUCACAAGUGCUUGGACUGUGGGAAAAGUUUCUUACAAAGGUCAAGCUUUGUUUAUCAUCAGGCAAUCCACACAGGAGAGAGACCCCACAAGUGCUUGGAUUGUGGGAAAAGUUUCAUACGAAGGUCAGACUUUGUUUAUCAUCAGGCAAUCCACACAGGAGAGAGACCCCACAAGUGCUUGGAGUGUGGGAAAAGUUUCAUACGAAGGUCAACCUUUGUUUAUCAUCAGGCAAUCCACACAGGAGAGAGACCCCACAAGUGCUUGGACUGUGGGAAAAGUUUCAUACGAAGGUCACAUCUUAUUCAACAUCAAGCAAUCCACACAGGAGAGACUCCAGAGGUGCUUGGACUGCGGGAAAAGUUUCAUAUAGGGGUCUGACCUUAUUAAACGUGGAAAGAUCCACACAGGAUUUAAGCUUCUGUGACACAUGGCAAGAAAAGAUUACGCAACUUGCAUGUAAUUCACUGAGAUUCAACUUUUAGAGAGAGAUUUUAAGUGUGUCCACCUUAGUAAGCUAGAGUUUAACAUGUAAAUAUGUUUUAUGAAAUACUUGAAUGAAAAGGGCAAGUCAUGUCUGAGUAACUAAUUGCCUUCUAUGAGGAGAUAAGUGGCUCUGUGGAUGAGGGAAAAGCAGUGGAUGUGUUAUUCCUUGACUUUUGAGCUGUAUAAGUAGGGGCAUU